GUCAAGGAACACUUCCCUGUCCGCGGUAUGCCUGGCAGUGAGGGGUUUGUGUGUACAGACAGUGACGACUGUGUGACUGACAGUAGUCCUCUCUAUGGGCUGGACUGUGAGAUGUGUCUGACAGAAUGUGGCAACGAGCUGACACGCAUCUCUCUAGUAGACAGCAGAGGGAGCUGUGUUCUGGACGAGCUGGUCAAACCUCCCAACCGCAUCCUACACUACCUUACACAGUUCUCUGGUAUCACCCGUGCAAUGCUGCAGCCAAUCACCACCACCCUGAGAGAAGUCCAAUCAAAGCUCAAGAAAGUGUUGCCCCGGGACGCGGUCCUGGUUGGCCACUCCCUUGAGAACGACCUCGUGGCCCUGAACCUGAUCCACCCCCAUGUGAUUGACACCUCCCUGCUGUACAGGAGAGAGUUUGGACGGAGGUUUAAACUCAAGGUGCUGGCUGAGACCGUGCUCAAGAAGCAGAUCCAGACGGAGGAGAGGAAAGGUCAUGACCCCACAGAGGACGCCCAGGCUGCCCUGGAACUGGCCCAGUACUUCAUACACACUGGUCCACGACAGGUAGUGGAGCUGUAUUGUAAAGAGCUGUGGGGUUGGAGUCCUACCAUGUACAAGCCUCCUGUCAACAGAGCAACAUCUACACACAGCAACAACAACAGGUACGACCAACAAACCCUUCCCCUCUUUUCCAUAUGUGGUUCCUCUUGUAUUAGCCUGGAGGCGAAAUAAACACACCUGUUUAGGAGAGGUGCUGGCUAGGGGAGUAGAACACCUGUUUAGGAGAGGUGCUGGCUAGGGGAGUAGAACACCUGUUUAGGAGAGGUGCUGGCUAGGGGAGUAGAACACCUGUUUAGGAGAGGUGCUGGCUAGGGGAGUAGAACACCUGUUUAGGAGAGGUGCUGGCUAGGGGAGUAGAA